AACUGCCUGAUAAAGAGGGAUGAGAAUGGUUACUCUGCAGUGGUAGGUGACUUUGGCCUGGCUGAGAAGAUCCCUGAUGUCAGCAUGGGGAGUGAGAAGCUGGCUGUGGUGGGCUCACCCUUCUGGAUGGCACCCGAGGUUCUUCGAGAUGAGCCCUACAAUGAAAAGGCGGACGUGUUCUCUUAUGGUAUCAUCCUCUGUGAGAUCAUCGCCCGCAUACAGGCUGAUCCAGACUAUCUUCCCCGAACAGAGAAUUUCGGGCUGGACUAUGACGCUUUCCAGCACAUGGUGGGAGACUGUCCCCCAGACUUUCUGCAGCUCACCUUCAACUGUUGUAAUAUGGACCCCAAACUGCGCCCAUCCUUUGUGGAGAUUGGGAAGAUCUUGGAGGAAAUUCUGAGCCGCCUACAGGAGGAAGAGCUGGAGAGGGACAGGAAACUGCAGUCCACAGCCAAAGGACUCUUGGAGAAAGGACCUGGGGUGAAGCGACUGAGCUUACUGGAUGACAAGAUCCCUCCCAAGUCCCCACGCCCAAGACGUACUAUCUGGCUGUCUCGAAGCCAGUCAGACAUCUUCUCCAGUAAGCCCCCACGUACAGUGAAUGUCUUGGACCCCUACUACCAGCCACAACGAGGUGAUGCUGCCCGAGCCCCCAAAAUCAACCCUUUCAGUGCUCGCCAGGACCUCAAAGGUGGCAAGGUCAAGUUCUUUGACCUGCCCAGCAAGUCUGUCAUCUCCCUGGUAUUUGACCUGGAUGCACCAGGGCCUGGAACUAUGCCCAUGGCUGAUUGGCAGGAGCCCCUCGCCCCACCUGUUCGCCGGUGGCGUUCUUUGCCUAGUUCACCAGAGUUCUUGCAUCAAGAGGCUUGUCCGUUUGUGGGCCGAGAAGAAUCACUAUCUGAUGGGCCCCUACCACGCCUCAGUAGUCACAAGUACAGAGUAAGGGAGAUCCCACCAUUCCGAGCAUCUGCCCUACCACCUGCUCCAGCCCAUGAAGCCAUGGACUGCUCCAGUCCCCAGGAAGAAAACGGUUUUGGGCCCAGGUCUCAGGGGGCCAGUCCAUGCCUUGCAGGUGCCCCUGAGGAGAUGGAGGUAGAAGAAAGGCCAAGAGACUUGGCUCCAGUCCCCUUUUCUGUCUCAGGCAUAGACCUGAAAACCCAGGGAGAGCAGGAUGGGUAA